CUGCAACAAGGCUGUAGACCUUUAUCAUCCGCACCUAAAGAAACCAAAGAUAGGUGUGCAGCAGCACAGCCACCAUGAACAUAUGCACAGCACUGCACCUUUUAUUUCUUGUUGUAUUCUGCGACUCUUCAGGGAAAGGAUAUGAUGAUUCUUCUUUUUUAGACCAUAGAUGCCUGAUACCAUACAGAGCUCCGAAACGACCAUUUUUUCAUUGUCGCACCCGCGGCUGGUACUUUGACAACAGCACGAGACAAUGCGUACCAAGUUGCAAGCCGGCACCCUUUCUGACUCAACUGGAGUGCAUAGGAGUAUGCCGAAGCGUUGAAUCAUGCGGUUUCCCGGUGGAAGGUUCCCUGUGCUUGUUCGAAGUAUUUUCGGUGUACGCCUACGAUCCCAUCACGAGAAAUUGCUUCAUGACGUACGACUGCUCUAUGUUCGGAAACAAGUUUCGUACUUACAAAGAAUGUCGAAGCACUUGCGUAGGAGGACAAUACGAAGCACUCACUCAGAAAAUAGACUAUGAUUCUCUUCUGGCUUCCAGUCAACAAAGAUUUAUAGGCCAUCCAUCUCAGUCACAGAUUCAAAUAAAUGGCACCAGAGUCGGGAUUUCUCAACUGCCAAAUGGUCCCGAACAAAUUCCUGGAAGCACCCAGGUACCAGGCUCUAAUGAAAGCUGGAAUGGUUCUCAACAACAGCAAACAAUGUCGUCACAGUCCACUUCAACUACAGGGACCGGAACAGCAAUCGGUGCGGUUGGAAACGUUCAACAGCAGGGAGGCCAGGCAUCAGCAGCGUCCCAGGUUUCAAGUGCAAUUGGAAGUGGCCUGAGUCAAGCUAAUACAUCACAGACAAGCCUUGGCGGAGGAGUUGUCCUCCCAAAACCUGAUGCUCAGAGAGGAGCCCCGGCCGCCACACAAGUACCGAGCUCUCAAGGAAAGUUGAACACCUCGACGGAGCAACAGACUUCUUCGCAGUCGACCCAAGGAACAGGCAAUGGAGCCAUGCAUGGCACACAUGAAAGUGGGCUUCAGCAACAGAAUGGCCAGACGUCCGCUGUAACUCAGACUAGCAGCCCUACGGGAAAUGGCGGGAUUACAACAACUACAACGCAGACAAGCGUAGGUGGUGGAGCUGCCGUAACGCAAAUCAAUGGAAAACAAGAAUCACAGCAACAAACCGGAGUCAACAGACAAGGUUCCAACAAAACGGAAAGUGUGGGAUCAUCGGCUGGAGAGCGAAAACCUCGCAGAGAACUUCUGCUACCGACUCUCAAAGUAUUUAAGCGUAAACCAACUGGAAAAGAUCGCGAUUGCAAAGUUGCAGCGCCUUUAGAGACCACUGGAGGAUGUCGACGUCGGAAAUGGUAUUACGACAAAAAGACUGGUACCUGUCGUCCAAGCUGCAGCAAAAUUGCACCGUUCUCGAACAAAAUAGCCUGCGAUGGAGUGUGCCGAUCUCUGGAAGCUUGCGAUUUCCCAAUGGCAAGCAUUCCUUGCUUCUUUCGUAGCGUCCACGUUGUAUACGUUUACAAUCAGUACAAGAAGAAAUGCAUGAGAAGAUACGAUUGUUCUUACUUCGGAAAUAAGUUCCCAACACUCGGAGAGUGUCAAAGAACUUGUAAAAAGUAUGAAGCGCUGCGUGAAGUCAAGAAAAUCAAUGAGAGCAGCGCCCAAGUUUUCACUAAGAGAGAAAAGAUAAUUUCAACUAUGACCGAACAACAGAGAACACAGCAGUCAGUCGCAUCAUCCGUGCAAGGGUUCCUAGGUUCUGGAACAAGUCAGGCGCAAGUAUCCACGAGCUCUCCAUCGGGCAGUGUCCAAUCUUCCCAAACGGCAGGCCAGUCAGUGACGCAAGAACAAGCCGAAUCAAGCUCUAGUGUUCAUGUAAAUGAGGUUGAAUAA